AUGCGAAAAUGGGGUGGGGGUGUCCCAGGGGCCAGCUCCUCCAGCAGCCACCUCGCUAGAGGGCGGCCGUCGGGGCGAUGGCGCAAGCUUCUCACCCCCCCACCCCAGCGCGACAACAGCCACGGUGACAAAAUGGCAGCUCGGCGCCCGACUGGAGAGCCACCGGCACACAGCCGGUGACUGCUGCCCCUGAACACCAAGAAUGCCAGGGCACCCUGGGGCUAGGUCUCCCAAAUGGCCUAGUAGUGCAGAUGGCGAGAGCAGACGGGCCCGUAGAUACUAGGAGGUCGAGAACCCCCGGCCCGCCGCGCCCUCUCCAGACCAGAUCCCCAGGCCCGCGCCGCCGAGGUUCGACUGUGCCUGUGUGCUCUCAGGCCCCCACCGCUGGGCGCCACGGUCCCCGCGGAGCCGGGUCCGCGGCCGCCGUGGGGGAGGGGUGGGCCUCCGGCGCCCCGGGAAACAUGGCUGCUCGUCCUGGUACGGCGGCGUCGCGGCCACCAGUCCCCGAGAUGCGACUUGGGAGAGAGGUUGCAGAAGGAGGCAGCCCAUCUUCUCCUCCCCUCGAUCAUCUUUUCCAUCCAGAUGCGAGUCGUGGGAGCUGAGAGCUCGGACGAGGGUGAGAUUGCCGCCUUCCCUCCGACCCGAACGCGUGCGCCCCGCCGGCCCCCCGCUGGGUGCACACUCGCACGCACACCCUCGCACCCAUACCCGCACACGCGGGAGCACACGCACAGGUAGUCAGUCACACACCAAGGGCAGCAGCGACGGCGGACGAAACAUGCUCCGGUGGCAUUGCAACCCCCCCACCCCCGCCAUCCAACCUUGCAAUUCAUUUGCAGUCAGACCCCAAACCCCACACCUCCCCGGAGCCCCCCUCCAUAAAAAAGUGCCUUCCCCCCAAAACACACACGCACACAUAACACAAAGUAGGAGAAUGGACCGACAGAGAUAUUUUUGGCAAAUGCUCACAUC